AAAAUAGCGAUGCUAAAUAGUAACUAUCACAAUUAAUAUUACAAAUGUUCAGUGGGCCUGAUUAAAGAACGAAGCCAGCCAAACUUUGGUCAAUAGCGAUACAUCAAUUUGGCCCAGCUUUCUUGAGUUAAUUCCCGACGAGUCGCUUUUCCCAGUUUUCCUGAAUGCACCAGAAAAACUGUGGUAGCAUACUGUUCCUUGAUGGAUCGAGACACUUGGUCAAAACUAAAAAGUAAGACAAAUUACUUUUUUUUUUAAACAAUGUGUAUUAAAAUAACUCAAAUUAAUGUGUUUCUUAUUGACAGCUAAUGCUAAGCAUGUCGCUAUCAAAAUUGCGCCAAAAACCCAAACUUACCCAAACUUUCCUUGAAAAUAGUAUCUUAAAACACAACCAGACUUUGUUUAAAACCGUCUCAUAGUUUAGUAGAAGCGGUAUAAAACCGUUUUGCUGCACUAACUUGUUGAACGUAUCGAAAGCGACAGUGUCAUUUGUGCGACACAGGACUGCGUCGUGAGGAGGAGGGUCGAUGAUACCAUCAGGUGUAGAGAGUGGCACACACACGUUCACUUUGAGCAGAGAGGCUUGAGAAAAGCGCAGCGAGCUCCUCGCUUUGCACUCAUCAACGCUAAAAAGAAAGAAGAAGAACAAAUCGAGAAGUCAGGAUGUAGACGGCACACCGAUCCUGCCCUCCCCACCGGACGGAGUGGUGGUUUCUCUCUUUUCUCUCUCCAUCCAUCCAGCAGCCUGUAUGCGCUCAGCUCCAUCGGCGCAGGAGGCUGUCGAUCCGCCGGCUGAGGAGAGGUGCUGUCCGCCGUUUCUUCCCGCCUUCCUGGAUGGACCGCCGUCCCUGCUCGGAUUUGACUCCCAUCCACUUUCAGAUGAUGUCAGCUGAUUUUGAGGAAGCCUGAAGGUGAGGAGCACUUUUUUCCAAGAGUGGCCAUGGCUACGGGAGUCGCCGCGUGGCUCCCCUUCGCCCGGGCGGCCGCCAUCGGCUGGAUGCCCGUCGCCAGCUGCCCCAUGCCGGUGUCGCCGCGAGACCACCAUCGUCGGCAGGACGAGCUCAUCGUCCUCAACGUCAGCGGCCGUCGAUUCCAAACCUGGAGGACCACUCUGGACCGCUACCCGGACACCCUGCUCGGCAGCUCGGAGAAGGACUUCUUCUACAACGAGGAAACCAAGGAGUACUUCUUCGACCGGGACCCCGACGCCUUCUGUAGCAUCCUCAACUUCUACCGGACCGGGAAGUUGCACUACCCGCGGCACGAGUGCAUCUCGGCCUACGACGAGGAGCUGACCUUCUUCGGCAUCAUCCCGGAGAUCAUCGGUGACUGCUGCUACGAAGAGUACAAAGAUCGGAAGCGGGAGAACCUGGAGCGGCUUCAGGACGACCAAGAGGAGAACAAGGAUGUCAAGCUGCCCCACAUGAACUUCAGAGAGACCAUGUGGCGGGCUUUCGAGAACCCUCACACCUCCACCAUGGCGCUGGUGUUCUACUACGUCACCGGCUUCUUCAUUGCCAUAUCUGUCAUCACCAACGUGGUGGAGACGGUACCGUGCGGCUCCACCGCCACCCAGAAAGACAUGCCGUGCGGCGAGCGCUACACGGUGGCGUUCUUCUGCAUGGACACGGCCUGCGUCAUGAUCUUCACGGUGGAGUACCUGCUGCGCUUGUUCGCCGCGCCGAGCCGCUACCGAUUCAUGCGUUCCGUGAUGAGCAUCAUCGACGUGGUAGCCAUCCUGCCGUACUACAUCGGUCUGGUGAUGACCGACAACGAGGACGUGAGCGGCGCCUUCGUCACGCUGCGGGUCUUCCGCGUCUUUCGCAUCUUCAAGUUCUCGCGCCACUCGCAGGGCCUGCGUAUCCUGGGCUACACGCUCAAGAGCUGCGCCUCGGAGCUGGGCUUCCUGCUCUUUUCACUGACCAUGGCCAUCAUCAUCUUCGCCACGGUCAUGUUCUAUGCCGAGAAGGGCUCCAGCUCCAGCAAGUUCACCAGCAUCCCGGCUUCCUUCUGGUACACCAUCGUCACCAUGACCACGCUGGGGUACGGAGACAUGGUGCCAAAGACCAUUGCCGGAAAGAUCUUCGGGUCCAUCUGCUCGCUGAGUGGCGUGCUGGUGAUCGCCCUGCCUGUGCCCGUCAUUGUAUCCAACUUCAGCCGCAUUUACCACCAGAACCAGAGGGCAGACAAGCGCCGUGCCCAGAAGAAAGCCAGAUUGGCCCGUGUACGUUUAGCCAAGUCCGGCAGCGCCAACGCCUUCCUGCUGAGCAAACGCAACGGACUCCUCAACGAGCUGCUGGAGCUGACGGGUGCAAAUGCCGGUGAGCAGAAGCUGCCCAAGUCGUCGUGUCUUUUAGAGAGCCAACACCACCAUCUGCUGCACUGUCUGGAGAAAACCACUGUAGGUGCAAGACCACCAACUUGGGCCCUCUGCUGCCUCCUCUUCAUAUUUUCAAACAUUCUCACGCGCAUUUCCCCCCUCCUCCAGGCUCACGAAUUCGUAGACGAGCAGCUGUACGAGCAGAACUAUUUAGAAGCCGUGAUGCAGCGCUUCCCCUCCCGCAGAGCGUCGGUCAGCAGCCGCGACGCCGCGACGCCGACCUGCUGCGGCCGCGGGGCCAAGAGGAACACGACCUCGCGGCCUGGAGCCAACCAACAGGGCCCCUUGCAGGAGCUCAGCGCCGUCCACAUCCAGUGCGCUGAUCGGCCGUCGCAUUCCGCCAGUCGUUCAAAACUCAACCUGAAGGCGGACGACGUCGGGAGGCUCAACUGCAAAGGCGGCCGGAUCACCACGGCCAUCGUCAGCCUCCCGUCGCCCCCCGCCCUGACCGCACCCGACGGCGAUGACCUCCACCGCAGGCCGCCGCCCCCUUCCCCGGGCCCCAGCAUCCAGACCACCACCAGCUCGGCCAACGUCGUCAAAAUGUCGGCCCUGUGACGCUUUUCGCCGGCGAGCCCUUUGUAAAUACGCGACGGACACGGAUGGACACAGGUGACCUUGUCACAGUGGGGCCUUGGAGAGACACUGCGGUGCAACUGGCAUAUCGCUCCAGCGGGGGGCGCUGUUCAGCUUCUACAAACUCUACUUAAAUAGCUCAAAGAAUGUUUUGUUGUCUCAAAAGUCUUCUUUGUGCUAACUUGAAUUUGUUUGUUUGUGUGUGUUGUCAACAAACGGCAUUUUCUACGCUGUGUCAAUUCAAAAACACAAUUUUACAUUCAUUUUUGUUUGAUAAAACUAUAUCAGCAAACCAGUCUGGGGUGGACUCCACUUCUCUCGCCAAAAGUCAAAAUAUGCUCCAUCUAAUGAGGACAAGUGGUAUCGAAAAAAAAAAGGUUGACUGGGUGGACCUCGUGUGGACUGGCACCCCACUUCUCUCGCCAAAAGUAUUCAGUUAUUCAGGUCAAAACCUCGAGCCAAAACAGUGUGUUUUAGUCGCUUUAUUUUUUUAACAUUCCAUUUGUGUUUUUCUUCAACAGCGCAUGUGCGGAACAAGCUACUCAAUGAAUAUGCUCUAUGAACAAAAAGUGUUGGGUCGCCUUUGCGUCGACCGAAAGUUAAAAAGUGUCUUUGCACUCUUUCGAGUGGGAGCAAUGUGAACAAAAUACUUGUUUUCACUCUAUUUUAUGGAACGUGUGUUUGCAUCACAGUGGCUAACUGUAUAUCAUCCCGCUAAGGGAGCAAAAAAAAAAUAAUGUAAAAAUGAUUAUAUGAUUUGUCCAAAAUGAUGUUAAGGUAAGAAAAUGUGCAUCUAUUUGGGGAUUGUAUCCCCUUUUUGUGUCCGCUGGCCAACAAAAAUCGGAAGUUUCAGUUUUUUCGGGUAAAAGUACACAAAUUGGCAGUGAUUUCUGACUGAAUUUUGAAAUGAUGAUCGCAUUUUUAUACAAGAUGAAGUUCCAACAAGCUUCAAAUGUAUUUAAAAAUAUGCAUAUAAAAUAAUGACACAGUUUAAUGAGCACAUUAUGACUAUUGUCAUUAAGGCCUUCUUCCUGUGGGAACAACUUCUUGUUGAGCCACAAAAUGUUGAACUCAUUUCCUGCUGCGUCAGAUCCCAUUUGCUUGUUUUGUCAAAGUUUAGCACAAAUUCAGUUGAAUUUCAUACCAAAAAAAAAAAACAAAAAAAAAGUCCUUUUUUUUGACAAUUGACCUCGUUCAAUGUCAUUGGAUUCAUUUGUGUUGCAUUGCUGUGUUAUGGUAAAAACUCUAAAGGGAGGAAAUAUUGUGACAAAACUGCUUCAAAGUAACACAAAUAUGAAUCGAAAUGGUUAUUCUUCUCACAGGCAAUGCGGAAAAGUGAAUGAAAAUCUGCUCGUUUGUCAUUUCUUUAAAAGUCUUGGCUUGGAUGGUUGUGUGCGCGUGUGUGUGUGUGUGUGUGUGCGUGUGCGUGUGUGUGUGACUGUUCCUGUUUGCUCUGACAGAAGUGUCACAUGACCAUUAAAAUCUGC